AUGGCGGUAAGCACGGUAGACAAUGUAAAUCUCUACCUAAACCGCCCUCGAAACAUCCUCCUAUACCUCGGAAUAUGGCUUAGACCUGCUAGUUACGUCUCCUUAUACAUCACCUAUGCUGUCCUAGUCAUGCUUACUCAGUAUUCUUUCGUCUUCUUCGAGUUUAUAUACAUAGCGUUAGCCUGGGGAGACAUGGAUGCGGUCACAGAAGCUUCGUUCCUGCUAUUCACACAGGCCUCCGUGUGCUACAAAGUUACCAGGUUCAUGAUGAAUAAGAAUAACUUGGUUUGUUUGCUGGGCUUGAUGGAGGAGGAGAUAUUCCAGGCACAAAACAAGAGACAUGUAAGAUGCCUCAUGUCCCAAUCGAUCAUGAUUAAGCGCCUGUGCCUAUUUUUCCUCGGAAGCGCACUGACAACAUGCACUUUGUGGGGACUUAUGCCCAUUGUUGACAAAACUGGCGGAGAGCGCAUCUUUCCCUUCCUGAUCUGGAUGCCAGUAACACCGGAGAAGUCUCCACAGUACGAGUUGGGAUAUUUCUAUCAGAUGGUAGCCAUUUAUAUCAGUGCAUUCCUUUUCAUCGCCGUUGACAGCGUCGCUUUAUCCAUGAUCAUGUUCGGGUGUGCGCAGCUGGAGAUUAUCAUGGAUAAGGUAGAACAGGUGGGUCUUAUGACGACCGGAAAACUCAAAAAACAAGAGCGAGAGCAGCUUAUCGAAGAGAACAAAGAUUUAUUCGUGGAAUGCUUAAAGCACCAUCAGGCGGUGAUACGGUUCAUAGAAUCGGUUGAAGACACGUAUCACGCUAAUAUAUUCUUCCAACUAAGUGGGAGCGUUUUCAUCAUCUGCAUCAUUGGACUUCGGAUUACAGCAACAACGCCCGGCAGCGUGCAGUUCAUCUCGAUGCUAAACUACAUGGUGACGAUGCUGUCUCAGCUCUUCCUUUAUUGCUGGUGUGGCAACGAGCUUACAAUAAGAAGCGAACUUCUCCGCCAAGUGAUGUAUUUGUGCCCGUGGCACGAACAGUCCAACACUUUCCGCAGACUGCUGUGGAUGGCCAUGGAACGGAUGAAAAGGCCUAUCAUCUUCAAGGCUGGACACUACAUUCCACUAUCCCGACCUACAUUCGUUGCGAUUCUACGUUCUUCAUACUCAUACUUCGCCGUCCUCAACCAAACUCAGAACAAGGAUAAAAAAUAAUUACAACCCUCCACAAAUUAGUUGUUUAUUUAUAAACCGCGUAUCACAUAUGCUUAGUGUACAGUUACGACAUUUUAGGCAAAAGUGUGCUUAGUUUAUGAAAAUUAUGAAAAAUACACUUUUUUGUAACACUCAACGACACUUAAUAAUUUAGUCGAAUAGAUAAAUUCGUGCGCUUAAACUAAAACUUUAACAAUAGAGAAGAGAAACAAUUACAACCGCGUUUUAGAAUUUGAUUCGCAUUUCGUGUUCGUGAAAAGAACGCUUGUACAUGUUCUUAUUCAAUCGAAUGUCUGUGCUGGCUAAGCUGGCUUUUUAAAACCAUAAUUGCUAUAUUAGAGUCAAAUUAAGCUAAGUUACUUACGAUUUUGAGUGCACAGAGUGGACAGGUGUUAUAAACUUCUAUCAAAUUAUGACAUAUAUAUUUGGCAAUUUAAAUCUGUGUCAUCAAAAUCGUUGCUAAUUUAGUUUGGUCUGACUAUCUUCCUUUCUUAAAUGAAAGGUGAAUAAAUUGACUCAAGCCUGUUGUACCUAUAUUCGGCGACUACAGGACGAGAUUAUGCUUAGGAAGCUUUAUACUUAGCGAUUUCCUUCCCCCUCCUGUAUCCCUUAUAGCCGUAAUAGACGGGCGUACAGAAAACUGACUUAAGGUUGCCAUAUAAAAAUGGAAUAUACUGACAACUCCAGACAUUCACAGAGCAUUUUCUGUUUAAUACAUUGCCAUCAUCAUCAUUCAAACAUUCGAUUGAAUAAGAAAUCACAUAGCGUCCGAGGACAUAACAAGCUAAGUAUCAAAUAUUAUACUUAUCUUUAUUAAUGUCCUAAUUAAGCACAAUAAAGCAUAAUUCACAAUCUUUCAUUUUAUUUAACCUAUUAAUUAAAAACACAUAGAGUAAAAAAGCCUUAAAACACCAGGAAUUGUUGAUAAAGGUAACAAUCAGUCGAAUAUACUUAUGUCAUAAAAUUUAUAAGUUUCAAUAAAUGAAGAUAAUACAAUCUGGCUAAUUACACCGUUUACAAUUAUUAUUGAUACUUGGCCAAUUAUUAUAUGGAAAUAGUUAAUAGUACAUUACGAUACAAGUGCGUAAAAAAGGAAGUUCGAAACGAGUGGCGAUAAAUUAAAACACGACCGAAGGGAGUGUUUUAAAUCGCCACUCGUUACGAAUUUCCUUUUCGCACGUGUAUCGUACGACGUUUUUCAGUACAGAUAGCACUUCGAAGUUUCUACCUGGCAUAUAAUCAACCACUUCUCGCACUAGUGCGUAAAAAAAACGCCAUCUGUACUGAAAAAAUAAUUACAUCUCCUUUCUAUAUGAAAAAAAAACUAAUUAAGCCUUCAAUAUCUAUUCAAUGCCUGACUUGAUUGGUCAGACAAAUUGAUAAAUAUAAAUUAAAACUAAGGAAAAAACAUGUCAUGUCAAAUGUACACAUAAUUUCUUUCUCACAAUUUUAUAAGAAUAAAACAUAAAUAAUUAUAACAUAAAUAACUGACGACUUAUCUACAUAAAAACAUAAAUAAUUAUAACAUAUAUAAACGGUCUAAACUCAUUAUAUCUAAGUAUAACUCCGUUAGAAAUAAUAAAAAUUAGAUUUUUAAACGGUGUACCAGCCAGGAUUUAGCAAAUUUUGCGGAGGCAAAAUUGGCUUUGAAUAUGAUUAUAAAAAAUGUGCGUAAAACAAAAAUGCGACAGAGAAGUCCAGGUAUCACAGCGAUACGUUAAAGAUAUGGGAAUCAGUACAUUUAGACACUGGUUCCACCUAAAGCGGGUAAGCGAUGAGCUAUCGGUGACAGAAAGAAACAAAAGAUAGUCGCUUCCGUGUAAAUAAAAGAGACAACGAGCGAUUCACAGUUCGUCGUUCGGCGUCGAACUAUAACAUAUAACUAUAUAAGGUGCUAGCGAGGAACCCAUAUAACUUUAACGGCAUAUUCUUGGUCACAUUAUAAGGCUAAAAUGUCAUAUAAACUUUCCUAGAUUUCGUCUAGUUUCAGAAUUAUUGCCAAUUAAAAAAAACAUUUC